CCCCAUCAAACAUCACUUGUUGGAAACCACCCUUUGGACAACUCCAAAAUGAAGAUAAUCUUUUUCACGCUACUGGCUGCACUGGUCGUGUUGGCCGUUGUCGCAGACACCCCGGAUGAUGAAAACGAUUCGGAGGUCAUUCCCCACCGUUAUCACCCCCGUCAUAAUCCCCACCAUCCACGCUUCCACCCUCGCCGUCCGUGGCGACCAGCACCAGCACCGGUUAACUUGACGGCGAUAAUCGAAGAAGUCUGGAGGGUGAUCCGUGCCGAUAUCGGCCGCAUUGCAGCAAACGGAACAGCUUCUGCCAACCCUGGUGCAGCUAACUCUUCGUCUUCUUCGUCCGCUAAUGCUACCAGCAGCAAUGGAGGCAGUCGUUAAAGUUUAUUUGUCUGUUCUCUUCGACGAUGACUUUUGGCUGAAUUAUAAUUAAAUACAAGCAUGAAAUGAAA